GUUGGUGUCUUGAAACUGACGUAAUGCUUUGAGUCUGAGGUCCUGUCAAGCGAUAACAUUUCUGAUAAAGACCUGAGAUCACUGCAAACUAAUCCUCCUUUUUCCCAUCCAGACUCAGGCGUUUUAAAUAUUAUACACAGUCACCCUGAUUCCACGUGCACAGGCGAGAUUUGAAAUCGUGUAUCCCCUGUAACAAAAAAAUGUAUAAUAGCCUACCCCGAGAUCAACAAACAAACAACACAAAGACGGUUCAUGGCUUACGCCAAAGCUCCACCAUCUUUUAGACUGCAAAGACUAUUGCAAUUUAAUCAACAGAGAGAGAAGCGUUGUGAUGUGUGCUGCAGUGGAACCCAGGACUGCUAUGACCUGUGACCUCUGAAGACACAAGUGGAAGAAGAGAGACAACUUUUACAAACUUCAGAAAGACCCUGCCGCCAACAUCAACAAGACCAAAGAAAAGACAAUGGAAUAAAUGAAUCUCCAGCAUGGAUGUGGGAUUAAGGAUACCUCAGUCAAGAAGCAGGGACCCUGGAUGUUGAUCCUACUCUGAUAAUCUUUCUCCCUGUGGAAUCUGUGCUGGUAAUGCGCUAACCCAAUGCUCAGCAGAGAUAUGGUGAGGAAAAAGAACCCCCCUUUGAGAAGCUUCGGCGGUGAGGAAGAAGGAGAAGGUGAGGCUCUGGCCGCGGAGGCCACCGGGCCAGAUAGCGAGGACAGUGCCGGGAGCCGGGCCUCAGAGCCCAACGGUGCCGACGGGCUGCUGCCGGCCGAACUAGGUCGGGCCCACGUUCCAGUCCCAGACGAGCAGGAGGACUCCUCAUCCUCCCCGGGCUCCGUCUCAGGCUCCAUCAAACGGGAGGGAGGAGGGAGGGGCGGCGGAGGAGUGGGAACAGCGGCGACAGUAAACACCGACAGGCCUGUCUUUAAUUACCCUAGCCACAAGAAGGGAGGAAAUGUAGCGUCCUUCCCCUGCCACGAGGUGACAGGCUCAGAUCUGCCGGCGCUCCCAUCCUGGGCCGGGCCCGACGGGGCUGUGUCUCCGUCUCCUCUCAGAUCAGAACCAGAUGAGGGGGACAGGACACAGGCACGCAGCCCGGCGGGGGAGCUGCUGCUGGGGAAGGUCGGGGAGAGAGGAGGGGGAGAAAGGGUGGGUGUCAGGGAGGGGUUGCUGCUGGGCGCCCGAGGGAGGGGUGUCAUCGUCCAGGGCGUCACCAGUAACGGGGAGGACAAGGACACCUCCUACAGCCCCACAGGGGGGACUUCAGUCCACCAGGGUGGGGUGGAGGGCUCUGGAUACCCCUUGCUACACCCCCUCCACCCACAUAGGGGGGCAGGCAAGGGGGCCGAGAACAUCACGCCCAGCCACCUGGGGGCCGAGACAGGGGUAGCCCCACCCUGCUCUCCCAAACUGCAGGACUUCAAGUGCAACAUCUGUGGGUACGGUUACUACGGGAACGACCCCACGGACCUGGUCAAGCACUAUCGGAAGUACCAUCUUGGCCUGCACAACCGCACACGGCAGGACGCAGAGCUGGACACUAAGAUACUGGCCCUGCACAACAUGGUGGGCUUCUCCUCAGAGAGCCAACACGCCAAAGACACGACACGGCCCCCGUCCUACACCGCCCUGACCGGGGCGCCACAGGACUCUACAAGGUCACCACGCAUGUUACUUAACGGCACCUAUGACGUACAGGUGACGCUGGGAGAUACCUUCAUCGGCAUCGGGAGGAAGACUCCGGACUGUCAGGGAAACACCAAGUACUUCCGCUGCAAGUUCUGUAACUUCACCUACAUGGGAAGCUCCUCAGUGGAGCUGGAGCAACACUUCCUGUCUGCCCACCCCAACAAGAUGAAAUCCCAGCCCCCGCCACUGCCGAACGACGACAAGCCCUCGGAAGGGAAGGGGAACUAUGUGACACGGGGUGGGGGCGUGGAGGGGGCGGAACCGGGAAAGUGGGAGAACCGGGUGGCGGUCCGUGCGGAGGACGACUCGGUGGCUGGCUACUCCGUCCCCAUCCAUGCCACAGACUCACCGGGCUGGAUGGGGGCCGACGGCAGAGCCACAGACUCACCGGGCUGGAUGGGGGCCGACGGCAGAGCCACAGACUCACCGGGCUGGAUGGGGGCCGACGGCAGAGCCACAGACUCACCGGGCUGGAUGGGGGCCGACGGCAGAGCCACAGACUCACCUGGCUGGACGGGGGCCGACGGCGGCUCCACAGCGGUGGCCUAUUACUGGUGUAAGUACUGCAACUUCAGCUGUGAGUCUCCCAGCUCACAUCGCCUGCUGGAGCAUUAUGAGAGGAGACACAGACAACCUGGAGGAGGAAGAGGGGGGACCAGGGAGGGCAGCCCAGCCAAGAGGGAGCGAAGGAGCAGCAAAUCCAGGGACGGCGAGAGAGACCCCCACAGCCGGAGGAAAGACAAGACAGGAACGAGUGGCUCGAUGGGCGCAACGGACCCGGAGACGGUGGUGACCAGCUACAACUGCCAGUUCUGUGACUUCCGCUACUCCAUGAACCACGGGCCUGAGGUUAUUGUGGUGGCGCCUCUGCUCCGCCACUACCAGCAGGCCCACAGCAUCCACAAAUGCACCAUCAAGCACUGCCCGUUCUGCCCGCGUGGCCUCUGCAGCCCUGAGAAGCACUUGGGGGAGAUCUCCUUCCCAUUUGCUUGCAGGAAGAGCGCAUGCUCUCACUGCGUCCUCCUUUUCCUCCAGCUGUCCCCCCAGGGUAGCUCCCCAACUCCCAGGCCCAGCGUCACCCACCUGUGUGACCAGUGUCCCUACGCCACCAGCGACAUUGACCUGCUUCUGCUGCACUACGACAGUGCCCAUGCCACCCACGGCGUGCUGGAGGUCAAGCCCGAGCAGGAGGGAGCUGAGACGGGGAGGUACUCGGCCCCUAAGGGCCCUCACGGGGAGCACUCAUGCACCAAGUGCCAUUUCAUCACAGAUGUGGAGGAGGAGAUCUUCCGUCACUACAGGAGAGUCCACGGCUGUUGUCGGUGCCGCCACUGCAGCUUCACCGCCUCUGACACCUUGUCACUGCUGGAUCACUUCAACACGGCCCACUGCAAAGAGACCUCCGCCUCCUCCUCCCAUCCCUCCGCUUCCUUCGUCACCAUCAACGGCUGCUCCGCCACAACCCCCUCCACCCUCAGCAUCAAGGAGGAGAGCAAGGGCGACCUCAAGCUCUACAGUCUGGUUCCCCCAGAGAGCCGCGCCGCCGAGGCAGGGCCCGGGGCCGAAGGGGUGAAGAGCGAGGCCCUGGACGAGAAGGAGGCCCAGGGGUCCAAGGGCUGGAUGGAGGCCAGAGAGGCCCAGGUCCAAGCCCACGCAGCAGGCAUUGUGUGGGUGCCUAAGGAGCGGGCCAGGGACAUCCUGAGGGGUAGUCCGGCCCAGUUCCCCCAGGGCGCCCUGAGUCUACUCAACGCCGUGGCUGCCUCCCAGGAGCACCACCACCAGCAGCAGAAGGGGGUUUCGGUGGUGCUCAGGGACUCCCCAGGCCUGGUGUUCAGUCUGGGUGGGGUCGACACCAAGGCCUUCCUUCCAGGACAGACUCCCGGUGUGGCCGACAAACCUGGGCAUCUGGCGCAGCAGUACUCCUCACCCACCGAUGGCAAGGCCAAGGAGGAGUCCCAGUCACUCUUACGGAGACGUCGAGGCUCGGGGGUGUUCUGUGCCAACUGUCUCACCACUAAGACCUCUCUGUGGAGGAAGAAUGCCAACGGGGGAUAUGUGUGCAACGCCUGUGGCCUCUAUCAGAAGCUCCACUCGACUCCCCGGCCGCUGAACAUCAUCAAGCAGAACAACGGCGAGCAGAUCAUCCGCCGGCGCACGCGGAAGCGCCUCAACCCCGACCCUCUGCCCUCCGAACCUGUGGGCUCCAAGCAGCGGAGGGUCAGCAGCGAGGAACGCCUCAAUGGCAGUCCCCUGGAGCGCCGUCCAGGAGAGGAUGGGCCAGGCUCGGAAGGAGUGCCCGUCCCUCGUAAAGGGGAGCCUCAGAAGGAGGCCUGCGGGUCCUCUGGGUUCAAGGGUCACCCCAGCCCCCGCUCCACCCACUCCUUCCUAGUUAGCCAAACCCUGGAGAUCCACAAGCGAAUGCCUCCUUUGCACAUACACAACAAGAACCCUGCAGAGGGAGGGGCGGAGGGGAACGGGGUGGGCUCGGCUGGGGUCCAUCACACGGGCUUGGAGGGGAAGGGUAGCUUGUCCUCCGAGAGGGGUAGCCCCAUCGAGAAGUACAUGCGUCCCUCCAAACAGGCUAGCUACUCGCCACCAGGCAGCCCCAUCGAGAAGUAUCAGUACCCUUUCUUCAGCCUGCCCUUCAUCCACAACGACCUGCAGAGCGAGGCCGACUGGAUGCGCUUCUGGACUAAGUACAAGAUGUCUGUUCCGGGCAACCCACAGUACCUAGGCCACAUGCCUGGUCUGCCCAACCCUUGCCAAAGCUUUGUGCCUUACCACACCUUUAGCUUGCCCUCACACUUCCCUCUCCCACCCUCCGCCGGCCCCGAAAGCGACAUCCCUCUCGACCUGGCCAUCAAACAUUCCAAACCGUCCGCCAACGGCUCCACCGCCUCUGCCUUUACCGUCAAGGAGAGGAGUAGCGGCGCCGACAAACGGGCCUUGCCCACGGUCACGGCGGGGAAGGAGGAUGGGAAGCAUAGAGAGCAGCAUGAGAGAAGAGAGGAGAAAGUAGACGAGGGGGCAUCCCCCCAGCCUUCUCCUCCCCCAGACGUUACAGCCAAGCCGGAGAGGGUGGACCAGGGCACUCAGGAUGAGCUGACCAGUAAGGAGAGGGUGGACCAGGGCACUCAGGAUGAGCUGACCAGUAAGGAGAGGGUGGACCAGGGCACUCAGGAUGAGCUGACCAGUAAGGAGAGGGUGGACGAGGUCACUCAGGAUGAGCUGCCCAGUAAGGAGAGGGUGGACCAGAGCACUCAGGAUGAGCUGACCAGUAAGGAGAGGGUGGACGAGGGCACUCAGGAUGAGCUGACCAGUAAGGAGAGGGUGGACCAGGGCACUCAGGAUGAGCUGACCAGUAAGGAGAGGGUGGACCAGGGCACUCAGGAUGAGCUGACCAGUAAGGAGAGGGUGGACCAGGGCACUCAGGAUGAGCUGACCAGUAAGGAGAGGGUGGACGAGGGCACUCAGGAUGAGCUGACCAGUAAGGAGAGGGUGGACCAGGGCACUCAGGAUGAGCUGACCAGUAAGGAGAGGGUGGACGAGGGCACUCAGGAUGAGCUGACCAGUAAGGAGAGGGUGGACCAGGGCACUCAGGAUGAGCUGACCAGUAAGGAGAGGGUGGACCAGGGCACUCAGGAUGAGCUGACCAGUAAGUGCGUCCACUGUGGCAUCCUCUUCCUGGAUGAGGUUAUGCACGCUCUGCACAUGAGCUGCCAUGCUGACGGAGGGCCCUUCCAGUGCAGCAUCUGCCUGCAUGCCUGCGCAGACAAGUACGACUUCACCACACACAUACAGAGAGGGCUUCACCUGCCCACCGUCGAGGCUGAGGCCGAUGCUGAGGCCGAGGCCGAUGCUCCAAAGGAUUGUGUGUGAUUUUGGUGCAUUACAGACUUGGACCUUUAACACAGGCAUAGCAGUAUGAAAAAUAACAAAAUAAACGGACAAAAGCGUACUGUAAUGAUUGAAUGAGAAGAAGACUUCUUGCUCAACGUGCUUCUGUAGGGAACUCAUAUCAUCUAAACAUUUAUAUUGGACAUAAUACAGAACAAACGAUUGGCUGUUUCCUUCUUCUUCUUUUGGAGAGGAAAACGCUUUUGAAGAAAGUGGUACUACAAAUAGACGCUUAUUUUUAGUUUUUUUUGUUGCUAUUGUUUAUUUUUUUUAUUCGGAAGUGUUACUUUGACAAGGCAGUUCGGCGAACAACAAGGUACAUCUGCACGGGCUGAAUGUUCUCUUACCUGGUUGGUUCAAUGUUCCAAAUGGAAUGAGGAAGUGUGAAUUGAUAUGUAAAAUGGGGAGAUGGAGAAACAUCAGUCGUCUGUCAUAAUCUCCUUCACAGCGGAUGGGCAGAGCGAUGACUAGUGAUUGGACCGUCCUCAAAUAAACGUCCUCAGGGAACGUGGCUGAGUCAAACAACAUAUCCUACGGUGCUUUCAGUUGCAUCGUUCUCCACUUAACAUCCAACUAAGUGUCUAUGUUUUAAUGUAUUUUAGUUAUGGAUACUGUUUGUUCAGUUGUUGUUGUUUUUUUUGGGGGGGGGGGACUAUUGUCACAGGACUUCCUCUAGACAUUUUAAGCUGCUGCCUUAGUUGCUCGGAUACAAACCUUAUAUCACUAAAGACAUUUGGGAAGGAAGAAAAAUGCAAAAAGCAAUAUUUUUUUCUAAGUUGUUAAUAUGAAAAAUUCAUAAUAUCAGUGCCUGAUAUAUUGAACAAAGUAUUUUCUACCUGGUAUGUUGAUAUGCAACAUUGACUUUGCAUUGAGUAAAGGGCCAUGAGCUUGACUCUGUAAAACUGUUUACAUUUGCAAAUGUAGCAAACAAGGUAAUGAAGCAAAAUUCCUGCAAUUCAGAGUAUUUUUCUCUCAUGUGGACAGGACAGGACGAUCACGAAACUAAACAGAGGCCUUUUGUCAGAAGGUUGAAUGGGAGAUGAAACGCAGUCAAAUGAUUUGUUCUGUUUGUUUGAAUGGCACAGAAGCACUAUCCAUUCCGUGUCUUUCUUUGUGUGCUCCUGCUCGUACACUUUGAAAUGCUUUAUUGUCCAUACAGAUGCCCUGUAUUGGACUUUGUUCAUCCUGUAUGUGUUUUUAAGAGAAGCUGAUAUACUGAGGCUUGGUUAUAAGUAUUGUUCUGUGAGCUUUACAGCUUUGAGCAUCAUAGGUUUACACAAGGCCCUAUUUUUUUGUAUGUCUAUUGCAUUUAUAUAAUACUUUAAUAUUUGGCUUUUAGUCAUGUUGGAACUUGAUUUGAACAUAGCAUGAAAUUCUACUUGUUCCAUGUACAGGAGAAAAAGGUGCCUUUUUGACAGCAAGAAGCCAUUGAAUAUCAACAAUGUUGAGUGUUUUGUUCAUCAAAUUAGAUGUAGUGCAACACCUCAAACUGGAUUAUGGCCUUGUAGUCCAAGCAUUUGACAUUAUGUAGAUAGAUGAAUACCAUUUGAGCGUCAAAACAAAUGUUACCACACAGCAACAUUAUCCCUCUAGUUAGCUUGUUAGUACUUUGCUAGUGGACCACCUGUUUCACCUCUAAAAGACUCCCAUGCAUGUGUUUUCUCUCUCUCUCUCUCUCUCUCACUCUCUCUCUCUCUCUCUCUCUCUUUCUCGCUCUCUCUAUCUCACUCUCUCCCUCUCCCUGUCUCUCUCUCUCUCACUCUCUCUCUCGCUCUCUCUGUCUCUCUCUCUCUCUCUCUCACUCUCUCGCUCUCUCUGUCUCUCUCUCUCUCUCUCUCUCUCUCUCUCUCUCUCUCUCUCUCUCACUCUCUCUCUCGCUCUCUCUGUCUCUCUCUCUCUCUCUCACUCUCUUUCUCGCUCUCUCUAUCUCACUCUCUGCCUCUCCCUGUCUCUCUCCCUGUCUCUCUCUCUCCCUGUGUCUCUCUCUCUCUCUCUGUGUCUCUGUCUCUCUCUCUCUCACUCUCUUUCUCGCUCUCUCUAUCUCACUCUCUCUCUCUCCCUGUCUCUCUCUCUGUCUCUCUUGCUCUCUCUCUGUCUCUCUCUCUGUCUCUCUCUCUCCCUGUCUCUCUCUCUCCCUGUGUCUCUCUCUCUCUCUCUGUGUGUCUGUCUCUCUGUCUCUGUCUCUCUCUCUGUCUCUCUGUCUAUCUUGCUCUCUCUCUGUCUCUCUCUGUCUCUCUCUGUCUCUCUCUCUCCCUGUCUCUCUCUCUCCCUGUGUCUCUCUCUCUCUCUCUCUGUGUCUCUGUCUCUCUCUCUCUCUGUGUCUCUGUCUGUCUCUCUCUCUGUCUCUCCUUCUCUUUCUGUCUCGCUCUCUUUCUGUCUCUCUCUCUCUCUUUCAUUUGUAUGAGCACUUCUUCCUAUGAUUCCCAUUGCUGCUGAAAGGAAUCAAACAUGAGUUCAAUCUAAACUGUCCUCUGAUGUACAUAGUUAUUUAUACAUGAUCAGGGGAUAAUGUAAUUACAGUCUGCCGGGGAUUCGGCAAGUGAGGAUUUGUGUGAAAUAGAGAUGAAAUGAACAUAGCCUUAAAAUGUUGCUACAAACGCCUCUCAGAAACAAAGAACCUGUAACAAUAAUACUACAAUCUUUUCACAGAAACAGUCAUGUGAUUUAUAAUAACAUAAUGAAUGAUUUUUGUUUUAAGUUUUAAUUAGAAAAAUGUUAACGCUUUGCACUUCAGUUAUUCUGUUUUAUUUCCAAGGAAGAAAUAUGAUUGUGUUAAAAUGUGUUAUUAGCAUGCUGUACACAGGUACUGCAAAAAUAGACGAAGACAAAGAAACAACAUGGACAGACAGGAGUAUCUGUGUGUGGAAGAUGAAACAACAUGGACAGACAGGAGUAUCUGUGUGUGGAAGAUGAAACAACAUGGACAGACAGGAGUAUCUGUGUGUGGAAGAAGAAACAACAUGGACAGACAGGAGUAUCUGUGUGUGGAAGAUGAAACAACAUGGACAGACAGGAGUAUCUGUGUGUGGAAGAAGAGACAACAUGGACAGACAGGAGUAUCUGUAGAAGAAACAACAUGGACAGACAGGAGUAUCUGUGUGUGGAAGAAGAGACAACAUGGACUGACAGGAGUAUCCGUGUGUGGAAGAAGAAACAACAUGGACAAACAGGAGUAUCUGUGUGUGGAAGAAGAGACAACAUGGACAGACAGGAGUAUCUGUGUGUGGAAGAUGAAACAACAUGGACAGACAGGAGUAUCUGUGUGUGGAAGAAGAAACAACAUGGACAGACAGGAGUAUCUGUGUGUGGAAGAAGAAACAACAUGGACAGACAGGAGUAUCUGUGUGUGGAAGAUGAAACAACAUGGACAAACAGGAGUAUCUGUGUGUGGAAGAAGAGACAACAUGG